GUUUCUAGCGCCUGCAAUGAAUGAAUUGUGACAGCUGAGCUGGUAUAAAAGGAGACAGCAGGUCUCGGGCACCUCAUUCCCAGCCCGGAGCCAGCCGCGCAGGCCGGGAGCUAGGACCUGCCUGCUGGGGGACACUGCCUCCCCACGGGGCUCCCGGGGACCGUCCAGCCACAGAGGGGGAGCACCGGGUGCCCGCGGCCCCCGCCCCGUCCCCUGCGCCCGCAGCAUGUGGCUCUUUGAGCGGAUCCGCGGCUCGGUGGAGAACGGGGCGGCCCGGGCGGGCGAGGCGGGGGACAAGCAGGCCAAGGGCCCCCUGUACAGCAACGUGCUGACCCCCGACAAGAUCCCCGACUUCUUCAUCCCACCCAAGCUGGCCACUGUGCCACCCGAGGCCGAGGGGGCGGAGGCCAAGGCCAAGGCUGGGCUCAGCACCUCGGCCUCCGAGCAGAACCUGUCGGCCCGCAAGCCCCAGCGCAGCCCGCGGCUCCCGGCCAAAGCCGCCUCGGAGAGCAAGAACCUGCUGAAGGCAGCCAGCCGGCACAUCAUCCAGAUCGAGAGCGCCGACGAGUGGGCCGACGAGGAGGACUUCAGCACCAACGCCGACCCGCAAGCCCAGACGGCCAUGUCCCUGCCCUACGUGCCCAAGGCGCAGACCUCCUACGGCUUCGCCACGCUCAUGGAGAGCCCGCACACGCGGCGCAAGGAGUCGCUCUUCCACAGCGAGCACGGCAGCCUGUGCCAGGCUCAGACGACCUCCCCCAGUGCCCAGCGCCGGGCAGGGGGCAAGGUGAACGGGGACGGCGCCCAUCUCACCCCCUCCGACACGGGGGCAUUGCUCAUGAACCCCUACCGCUACUUCAGCGGGGGCGAGAGCGACACCUGCUCCUCGGCCGAGUCCUCGCCCUUCGGCUCCCCGCUGCUGUCCCGCUCCGUGUCCCUGCUCAAGCUCUUCGGCCAGGAGAGCCAGGCCAAGGUGAUCAAGCUCAAGCACUCGGUGGCUCGCAACAGCUCCCUCUCCACCGACGACAGCUCGGCCGACACCAGCCCCAGCUCCCAGCGCCGCCUGCGCUGUGCCACCCCCCCGCCCCAGCCGCCGGCGCCCCCGGAGCCCCCGGGGCCCGAGCGGCAGCAGAGGGAGCACCUGCUGAGCUGAGCAAGGGGGGCAGCCUGCAUCAACUGCUGCGUGGGGCUGCACCUGAACCCGGGCAAGCUGCAGAAGCAGCGCAGCACCAUCAUCAAGAACAGCCGCAACCCCGUCUUCAACGAGGACUUCUUCUUCGACGGCCUGGGCAUCAGCGCUGCCCGCAAGAUGUCCCUCAAGGUCAAGGUGGUCAACCGGGGGGGCAGCCUCAAGCGGGACACGCUGCUGGGCGAGAGGGAGCUGCCCCUCACCUCCCUGCUGCCCUUCUGAUGAGCCUCGUGGCUGGCCCGCCCCGGCCCGCUCUCCCCGCCAGCGCCCGACGGGCAUCAGAAGCCUCCCCCAGGGGCAGGGAGGCGUCCGAUGCUUCCCGGAUCGGUCCCCUUGGCCGAUGUGGAGCAGCCCCCUGCACCAGCCUCGAGAGCUAGCGGCUGGCUUCUCUAGACGGGCUGGGCGAGGGGUGACGGGGAUGAGACCGAGGGGUCCCUUGUGGGGAAAGGAGUGAUUUGGGCCCUUUCCCUGCUCCCCAGACCCAGUGUCCCGCCUGGCGGGUGGCGUCGGAGGGUAGAUUCAGCCCACACGGUGCAGUGCAGACGCCCCGGGGCUGGGGCCGUGGAAGCACUGAUCUGGCCGUGAGCUGUGGCAAU